AUGAUCCGCAACAAGGUAAAUGAUAAGGUUAGAAAUCCACACGUGCUUCUUAGAAAGCUUACAACAGUCACUUGCCUUAAGUGUGGAGCGAUGGUGACAGGGCUAUCCCCAAAGGUGUUAAAUUCGGUUUCUUUAUUCCAAUUCUCGCUUCACUCCGAGCAAAAUCUCCGUCUUCUCCGAUUCCGGCUACGGCGUUGUCCACCGGUAAUCGCAGCACCUCCAUCCACCGUCAAAGAAGCCCCUCCUGUUGAUGCGUUCGUCAUUUCCAUCCAGUCAAUAGUCCAGCCAAGGUGUCCAAACAGAACACAUUUUGCAUUCUACUCAAUUUCUGGGCUUUUGCUAGUACAAGAGAGGGAAAUAGAGAGAGUAGUGCUGGCAUAA